CUCCAGAUGGGGCAGAUCAAUGCGCGCAUUCCAGUUUAUUGUAACUGUAGAGGCAUGUGAUUUCAGCCCGUAAUGUCCGCGCGCUGGAUUGAGCACAAUGCAGUGAAUAUGGUGCCACUUGGAAACACGGAGCUCUGCGCACAAUUUACUUUCCAAUUACUUCUGAAGCCAUUUAUACGGAGUGAAACCGCAGCUGUCUCGCGCAAGGUUGUUUUAUUAAGGUGACUACAGAGCCAUGAGGUCCUCAUCCUCGCGUUUAUCAAGUUUUUCCUCCAGGGAUUCUUUAUGGAAUCGGAUGCCGGAUCAGAUCUCCGUGUCCGAGUUUCUCUCGGAAACGACGGAGGAUUACAAUUCCCCCACGACAUCCAGCUUCACCACUCGCUUGCAGAGCUGUCGGAACACGGUCAAUGUUCUGGAAGAGGCUUUGGACCAGGACCGAACAGCUUUACAAAAGGUCAAGAAAUCCGUCAAAGCGAUCUACAACUCGGGUCAAGAGCAUGUGCAGAAUGAAGAGAUUUAUGGGCAGGCACUGGACAAGUUUGGCAGCAACUUCAUCAGCAGAGAUAACUCUGAUCUGGGGACAGCCUUCAUCAAGUUCUCUGGCCUUAUCAAGGAACUGGCCGCUCUCCUCAAGAACCUGCUCCAGAGUCUCAGUCACAAUGUCAUCUUCACCCUGGACUCUCUGCUCAAAGGAGAUCUGAAGGGAGUGAAGGGGGAUCUUAAAAAGCCUUUCGACAAGGCCUGGAAAGACUAUGAGACCAAGUUCACAAAGAUUGAGAAGGAGAAGAGGGAACAUGCCAAGCAGCACGGCAUGAUCCGUACAGAGAUCACCGGCGCAGAGAUCGCAGAAGAGAUGGAGAAAGAGCGGAGGAUCUUUCAGCUGCAGAUGUGUGAGUACCUGAUCAAAGUGAAUGAGAUUAAGACUAAGAAGGGAGUGGAUCUCCUGCAGAAUCUCAUCAAGUAUUAUCACGCACAGUGCAAUUUUUUCCAGGACGGCUUGAAAACCGCUGACAAGUUGAAGCAGUAUAUCGAGAAAUUAGCAGCUGAUCUUUAUAAUAUAAAACAGACCCAGGACGAAGAGAAAAAACAGCUCACAGCUCUCAGAGACCUCAUUAAAUCGUCUUUACAACUGGACCAGAAAGAGGAUUCCCAGAGCAAACAGAGCGGUUACAGUAUGCACCAGUUGCAGGGCAAUAAGGAGUUUGGCAGUGAGAAGAAGGGCUAUCUGUUUAAGAAGAGUGACGGGAUCCGUAAGGUAUGGCAGAGGAGGAAGUGCUCAGUGAAAAAUGGCAUUCUCACGAUCUCCCAUGCCACAUCCAACAGGCAACCGGUGAGACUGAAUCUGCUGACCUGCCAGGUUAAACCCAGCGGAGAGGAUAAGAAGUGCUUUGACCUUAUCUCCCAUAAUCGAACAUAUCAUUUCCAGGCAGAGGACGAACAGGAGUUUGUGAUAUGGAUCUCAGUGCUGACUAACAGUAAGGAGGAGGCUCUGAACAUGGCGUUCCGUGGAGAGCAGAGUGCUGGAGAUGACAAUUUGGAAGACUUGACCAAAGCCAUCAUUGAGGAUGUGCUGCGCAUGCCUGGAAAUGAAGUCUGUUGCGACUGUGACGCACCAGAGCCUAAAUGGUUAUCCACUAACCUGGGCAUCCUGACAUGCAUUGAGUGUUCAGGGAUACACAGGGAAAUGGGAGUCCAUAUUUCACGCAUUCAAUCCAUGGAACUCGACAAACUCGGAUCCUCUGAACUCUUGCUGGCUAAGAAUGUGGGUAACAGCAGUUUUAAUGAAAUAUUAGAAGGGAAUCUGCCAAGUCCUUCACCAAAGCCAACACCAUCAAGUGACAUGACUGAGAGGAAGGAGUACAUAAAUGCGAAGUACGUGGAGCACAGGUUUGCUCGGAGUACAGCCACUACAGCCACAGCCAGACAGGGCGACUUGUACGAGGCUGUGAGAACUCGAGACCUGAUGGCUCUUAUUCAGCUCUAUGCAGAUGGAGUGGAGCUAAUGGAUCCAUUUCCAGAAGCAGGACAAGACCCGGGAGAGACAGCACUGCAUUUUGCUGUGCGGACAUCAGACCAGACCUCACUGCACCUGGUGGACUUUCUUGUCCAAAACAGUGGAGCUCCAGACAGACAGACAGAUAGUGGAAACACUGCUCUCCAUUACUGCUGCACAUACGAGAAGCCAGAGUGUCUCAAACUGCUGCUCAGGGGAAAACCAUCUAUUGACCUGGUAAAUCAAAAUGGGGACACGGCUUUGGACAUUGCCAGACGACUGAAAAAUGCCCAGUGUGAAGAGCUACUGGCAGAGGCAGCAGCUGGGAGGUUUAAUCCUCACGUUCAUGUGGAGUAUGAGUGGAAUCUGCGGCUGGAGGAGAUCGACGAGAGUGACGAUGACCUAGAUGACAAGCCCAGUCCAGUGAAGAAAGAGCGUUCUCCCCGACCUCAAAGCUUCUGUCAUUCCUCAAGCGUGUCCCCUCAGGAGAAGCCGUCUUUGCCAGGGUAUUUAGGACACAGAGACAAACAGCGACUAUCCUAUGGAGCCUUUGCUAGUCCCGUCUACAGCACCUCCACCGAUACACCUACAUCUCCAGUAUCAGAGGGGCCCACAAUAGCCAGCAAGACCACUUCAAAAGCUCCGUCCACUGGACCGCCCACCUCCCUGCCACUGGGAUCGCAAUCAAGUGCAGGAGGCAGCUCCACUCUGUCUAAGAAGAGAGCGCCUCCUCCACCUCCUGGACACAAGCGCACCCUGUCAGACCCCCCCAGUCCCGUACUUCAGGGCCCGCAGAGCAAAGGAAGUGAGUCCACACCUCCUUCUGCAAAUUGGACAUCCCCGGCCAAUAAGUUUGAGGGAAUUCAGCAGCAGCAAAGCACUACUUCUAUGAACACAAAAGCAACAUUUGGCCCACGAGUUCUUCCCAAACUACCUCAAAAAGUGGCACUACGAAAGAUUGACACUAUCCACCUCUCCUCAGUGGACAAGUCCGGUCCUGAUGUGCUGCAGAAACCUCCACAGGCACAGAACACGCCUCCCACAAGAGCUUCAGAUACGAUAACUAGACCCACUGAGCCGCCACCUAAAAUCCCACAACCUGCAGAACGCUCCCAGCCGGUGGAGGUGCCGCAGAAACCGCAUAUCUCAGACCUACCCCCUAAACCGCAGCUAUCUGAUCUUCCCCCAAAACCACAAUUGUCGGAUUUACCUCCAAAACCUCAGCUUUCUGACUUGCCCCCGAAACCCCAGCUUAAGGAUCUUCCUCCUAAGCCACAGCUCUCUGACCUCCCUUCCAAGCCUACCGUGUCUUCAGCAGCUGAGACCACACAGAGGCAAACAACGCAGGAGGAACCGAGUCCAAAGCCCCAGCGGACAGAGGAGCAGUCAUCCAGUCAGCAGGAGGAGCUCUCUCCGAGACAGGCCAGUGAGGACACUAAUGGUGCACCUGCAGGGACUGUGGAGAUGCCUGUCCCCAUGCCACGGAAAAUAAACACAGCGGGAAAGAGCAAAGUAAGGCGUGUGAAAACCAUCUAUGAUUGCCAAGCGGAUAAUGACGAUGAGUUGACUUUUGUGGAGGGGGAGGUUAUAAUUGUUACAGGAGAGGAAGACCAGGAGUGGUGGAUUGGGCACAUUGAGGGUCAGCCUAAAAGGAAAGGGGUCUUCCCAAUGUCCUUCGUGCACAUUCUGUCAGACUGACAGCAUAUAACUAGCACAAGCUCUGCUCUCUCUGGACUCGCACUGGACUGUGAGCAUUGCCUCUGUACAUAAGCUGCUGAAACCCAAACGGACUCCAAACAAACAAAACAUGAAGUAUCAAACCCAUGCUCCCUUAAUCCUCAAGGGUGAAAUGUGUAAACUGUGUUGUUCAUAAACUGUGUUAUCUUGCCUACCAGUAUUAUUGUAGCCAUCGCAACCCAGCAUGCCAAACUGGGUUUGCAGUAGCUAUACUUGGAAAUCUAGCACUUAACAUGUAUGCUGUAACUUUGUGUAUGUGUACACAUAUAGAAUUAUAUGUAUUUCCAUUUUAAUUGUGUCUUUGUACAUACAUAUGCACAGAUGUAAGUGUAUAUUUAUGUACGUAUGUAUAAUGUACAAGUGUGCAAAUAUAUGUUAACCCUGCUUG